AAGAAGUGAAGAUCGCCGCGCGCUCGGUUGCCAUCGUGGGCCGCUUGUGCUGGCAAAUGGCUUCCGCGAAGGACCGCACUAGAAGACUGCUACAUUGAACACCCCGGCGCCGGGUGCCGGGCCCCACCGAACAACCGAUCGGUGAGCACGCCUCAAGGGAUCGCGUAGCUUCCUUGCUGAACGACGUUGCAGCCGAACCUCUGUAGGGCACGUGCCGACUACGAAUACCAUGUACGAGUCGAGUGCCCAGUACGUCGUGGGUAGCCGGCCCAAGGUCAGGAGACCAGGUGGCACCGCUACCAGCGCCUUUCACAACAUUAGGAGUCUCGUUGGCCAGCGGAAAUGGCAAUUCGUGAUCGGCGCAUGCCUCGUGUUGAGCGUCGCUGCUGUGGCGUUGCCUGCCAGUGCAGCGCAUUCUGCAAAGCGAGCGUCGUCUCGCCGUCCUGCCGCCGCUCCCGUCCACAACACCGUCGCGCAGAACGAAGCGGCCGAUGAACCACGCGCUGUCUACAACGCUCCCGCGGUCAACAAGAAGCCGCUGGCACGCAAGCCCUCGGAGCACCACGUGGCCAAGGCGCGCAAGGCGGCACCCGUCGCCGCCCCCAAGAAACGCAGGGCGACGGCGUCGCCUACCCGCAAGCCGCCGAACAUCGCCGAGGAAAAAGAACGCGAAGAGGAGGUCGAGAAAGGUGCCGCCACGAAAGAGGCAGCGGCCGAAGAACCGGAAGCCCCAGCUGUCCACGGCGCACCGGUGGUCCAGGAGGCACCGGCGGUAGCAGCACCCGCGGCGGAGACCGAGGACAACGACAACAGCCCCACGACAAAGGCUAGCCAGGCUUCUGCGGACGAGAACGUGGCUGCCAACAGGGAAAGCGCGCCGCCCCCGAUCAACGACUCCAUCUUUCGUUUCGCCACGCCGUCAUUCCCCAGCGAUGCUGGCGACCACAACGUCGAGGACAUUCGCCUGCCGAAAACGGUCAUUCCGAUCACGUACAAGCUCGUUCUGGUGCCAGAAUACCAGGACCAGAGCAUGUCUUUCAAGGGCAGCGUGCGCAUCACCAUCGAGGCCCUGGUGCCCACCAAGCUAAUACAGCUGCACGCGGCCAAUCUGGUCAUCAAUCGUGGCAACGUCACCCUGCGCUUCUCCUCGGGCGCACCCGGUCCCGACAUCCUUAGCAUCCGCACCAACGACUUUUCUCAGUUCCUGUACAUCAACCUCGCCGAGGACCUACUCACGGGGGACAAGUACGAGCUAAACAUUCCAUUCAGCACGGUGGCUAUGUACGACAACGGCUUCAACGUCCGGCGCUUCCAGAGUGAAGAGGGCCCGCCCGUGUGGGUCUAUGGUGCCAACUUCCUGCCGACCGAAGCCAGGCGUACCUUCCCAUGUUUUGACGAGCCAGGAAUCAAGGCUCCCUUCGUAAUUGAGGUCAUUCGACCCAACAACCUUCACACACUCUCUAACAUGCCCCUGGCAGCAGUUUACAAUAAGCGCGAGGACCGAAAAGCAGACGUGUUCGUCACAAGUUUCAACAUGGCGACGUUUUCUGCUGGAUUCUUCAUAUCCGACUUUGUGCCCUUUGGGAACGGCUCGAUGAAGCUUUGGACACGCCCUGGCGUAGCAAAAGACGUCGAUUUCCUGCUUACGAUGGGUCCGCAGAUUCUGAAGUUUUACGAAGAAUACUUCGCGGCGCCCUAUCAAGUUCCAAAGACUGACGUGAUCGCCAUGGAGCACUACAUCAGCGACAUUCAAAACAUGGGACUCCUGUACCUGCCCGAGUCGGUCGCAUUCUACGAUGCCGAGGAGUCUUCGAUAGCCAAGAGGCAAAGCGUCAUGCUUUCUCUUUGUCAUGCCUUCUCUCACGAGUGGUUCGGAAAUUUAGUUUCUCCGGAGUGGUGGGACGACGUGUGGCUGAUGGAUGGAUUUGCAACGUACUUCCAGUACCGCUGUCUCGAGUAUUUCGACCAGUCAUCUAAAUCGUACGACCUCAUGGUGGUCAACGAGGUCGUUCCAGUAAUGAAGCACGACAUUAUGAAGUACGCUCCGGCUGUGGUCACAAGCGUCGACACCCAGUACAGGAUCUACCAGUCAUUCAACGUCUUCAGCACUCAGAAGGCUGUCGCGCUCCUGCGCAUGCUCGAUAUGGCUGUCGGAGAAGAAACCUUCAAGAGGGGCAUACACAAUAUCCUCGACAAAAGAAUGUUCGGCAACGUGACGUCGGCAUUCGUCUGGGAGGCAUUUACAGAGGCGCAGCCGAAGAAGCGGCCCUUGGACGUGAAGAAUGUUCUGGAACCGUGGGUCACUCAGCCGGGAUUCCCCGUGCUCAUGGUGAAUCGCGUCUACGACGAAAACGCAGCCACGCUCGUGCAGAGCAAGUUUGCGCUCGAACCUGAGGAGCGGGAGUCGAGGUCCACAUGGCCGAUCCCAAUCUCAUUUGUGUCUUCCGAACACCGGCAGUUUGACAAUACCAUGCCUACCAUUUGGUUGUUUGACAAGGAAGGCCAACUGGAAAACUUGCCUGGCCCCCAUCACUGGGUCGUGAUAAACAGCAAGUUCGCGGGCUAUUACAAAGUGAACUACGAUGCCCACAACUGGGACCUGAUCACUCGUCAGCUGCUCUGGAACCACACGUUCAUCCACCCACUGAACCGCGCUCAGAUUCAGAACGACCUGUUUGACUUGGCAAAGGCCGGCCUCGUGAAUUACACCGUAGCCCUGGAGGCCACGAAAUACUUACUGAAGGAGCAAGACUACAUCCCAUGGAAAGCGGCCUUCGAAAAGAUGAAGGAUGUCGGGGUCCGGCUGCAGACGACCGAGUCGUACUCGAAGUGGAAGGGAUACAUGUCGUCACUUUUGAGCGCCAACUUCGGGAACAUCUCUUGGGAUGGCAACGAGACGUCGCUUCUGUCCGCUGAGCUCGAGUCCGAGCUCGCCUUCCUGACUUGCUACUACGGUUACCAACCAUGCAUCGACAAGGCCAUGGAGAUGUUCAACGAGGUGAAGGAGAACCCAGCUGCGGCCGAUGAUCUGCCGUCGCACCUGCGGUACACCGUGUUCUGCGAGGCGGUGAAAAUCGGCGGAGAGAGGAACUGGAAGUUCCUCUGGGACCGGCUGCAGGAGUCCGAAGAACCGUCCGAACGAGCUGACAUCAUCAAGGCACUCAGCUGCUCGCGCAGCGCGCAGCAGCUCGGAAACUACCUCAAGUCCGUGGUGGCACCUGACGAUGUGAUCCGUCACGAGGACAUCCCCGAUCUCUUCACGUCUUUCUCGGACAACCACGAGGGCAAACCUGUCGCCUUCAAGUUCAUCAAUGACGAGUGGGGGUCCAUUCACAAGAGGUUCAGCCAUGUCCCCGAGGUACUCUUCCAAAUUGAAGAGUCGCUUCUAGAGUCAGCAAGUGAAUCGGCAGACGCUAAGAUGCUGAGUUCUUUCUACAACAACAACAAGAAGUCGACAACAAUCCCAGAAUGGCGCUACAAGCAGGCUCAAGAGGAGCGGAAGCUUGACGACGCCUGGCAGGCCAAGUUCUACCCGGUCGUCAAACACUGGCUGGAUGAGAUUGAAUUGCCAGUGUAGUCAUGUCUCGUAAUAAAAAUGAGGCGGAAGACAGUUGAAGUCGACGCAAAAAAAAGAGGCGAUUUAUUUACAGAAGGCAGUGCGGUUCGCGAGACCACCUUGUAUAUUUAAACCUUUGAACUUUUCUAAUAACACUUUUCAGCUGA